AUGAUGGUCAAGUCUAUCCUUUUGUUCUGCGCUCAAGCGCUAAUGAUCCAAUCAAUUGCUGGAUACUGUACUGGCUCGCGCUUUGAGUUUGCCACUCCCUGCGGGGGUUCUUGUGCAACCGCUGGAAGUUUAGCUGGCCCCUAUGGUUUUGGUCCAUACGGACUUGCCGCUGGUCCAUACGGACUGGCUGCUGGUCCAUACGGACCUGCUGCUGCCGCCGCUUCCAAUGGGGGUGCUCUUCCAACAUCUAGCACCUCCUUCACUCCCGCAAGUGGAGUUUCCCUUGUAUCAGAAAAUGUUUACGAAGGAUGUCUAUCAGCCUAUGGAGCUUUGCCUUUCUUGGGAACUGUAGCAUUGGAAGGUGCUCUGCCAACUGCUGGUGCCGGUGCAGUUGCUUUCGGUGCGGGUAACGGACAAGUCGCCAUGUUGAGGGAAGAUAUCGGUGCCACUUGUGGUGCUGGUCCAUAUGCUUUCGAUGCUCUUGGCUAUGGCGCUGGACCUUACGCUCGCGCUGGAUGCGGCUGCGGCACGUUCAUUUAC